GGAGCUACAGUCGAAGUACGGUGGCAGUCCCACCUUAUGUCAAAACUUACGACAAUGUGUAGUGAUCCCGCGACCAGACUGCAAUCUCUUCUCAAGGGUUUUGGUACGCGUCGGUCAUGAUUGUCUCGCCUGUCUGGCCGCUGCACCCACCAUGUAUCCCAACCGUCAAGAAAGAAGAUACAGAGAGGCAUUAGUCAUUCUUUUUAGCUCUUCCCGUGGACGACAUGUGGUCGCAGAAUCCGAACCUAGGGACGCAAAUCCUGUGAUAUCUUCACGUGGCGAGUACCUUGGGGGGGGGGGGGGGGGGGGGUUGCGUCACCGAUACACAUUCAAUAACCUCACAUCUUUCCGAUCACAUCUAAAACUGCUAAAAAGACGCUUCGAGCAGACUCUUGGGUAUGCAUUAUUCGUAGAGCAUUUGGUGAGUGUCUUGGAGGUGAACGCAGCUACUGUUUUCGGGUGUCUCACAUUGGCAUGCUCAAUACUUCAUCUAGCUCACACUUUACGCAACCCUCAACAUCAUCACACAAUGGACACAAAUUCUCCGAGCUGGUUUGUAGCGUCUCAGCAGGCAACGACGAGCCUUCGGGGAUCGGCCUUCAUCGCGGCUCUGAUUUUCACGACCCUUGCUUUCAUCAUCGUGAUUCUACGAUGGUACAGCAAGAUUCGCCUUGUGCCGGGUACUUUGCGCCUUGAAGACUUCGUUAUCACGGCCGCAACUGUAAGUACUCGUCCGAAUGAAGAGGCUUCUGACUGAAUCUGCAUCAGCUUCUGUCCGUGGGUAUGACCGGUGUAGCUGGCAUGGGUAAGCUUCCUUCACCCGAUUUUCAUUUGCUAGCUCAGGAGUUCUUCACAGACU